AAUAGCUCAGGACGUCAGCAUAGGACCUAGAAAGAGGUGGCAGUUUCUUUUCUCUCUGCACUCAACAGGACACUCCGUUCAUUCCUGAGCUCUAGACAAGCUGAGAUGCAUCAUACAGAAUCCCUCAAGAUGCUGGUGGCUUCCUAGAAGAUGACCAUAGAGGACCUUCCAGAUUUUCCAUUAGAAGGAAAUUCUUUGAUUGGAAGAUAUCCAUUUUUAUUUUCAGGUUCUGAUACGCCUGUCACCUUUUCCAUUUCUGCAGCACCAAUGCCUUCAGACUGUGAGUUUUCUUUCUUUGAUCCUAAUGAUACAUCAUGUCAGGAAAUUCUCUUCGAUCCCAAAACUUCUGUAUCAGAAUUAUUUGCCAUUUUAAGACAGUGGGUUCCUCAGGUCCAGCAAAACAUUGACAUUAUCGGAAAUGAAAUUCUUAAGAGAGGUUGCAAUGUGAACGACAGAGAUGGAUUGACAGAUAUGACUCUUUUACAUUAUACUUGCAAAUCUGGAGCUCAUGGUAUUGGUGAUGUUGAUACAGCUGUAAAAUUUGCAACUCAACUUAUUGAUCUGGGAGCAGAUGUUAGUUUGCGGAGUCGCUGGACAAAUAUGAAUGCUUUGCAUUAUGCUGCUUAUUUUGAUGUCCCUGAACUUGUAAGAGUGAUUUUGAAGACAUCUAAACCAAAAGAUGUGGAUGCCACUUGUAGUGACUUUAAUUUUGGAACAGCUCUGCAUAUUGCCGCAUAUAACUUGUGUGCAGGUACUGUGAAAUGCUUACUGGAGCUUGGAGCAAAUCCUGCAUUUAGGAACGACAAGGGACAGAUCCCUGCUGAUGUGGUUCCAGACCCAGUGGAAAUGCCACUGGAAAUGGCGGACGCUGCGGCUACUGCUAAAGAAAUCAAGCAGAUGCUGUUAGAUUCGGUGCCUCUGUCAUGCGAUAUCUCCAAGCCUGUGCUUCCAAAUUAUGAUCGUGUCACUAACAAGGCAGUGCUUACGUCAGUUGGCCUGAAGUUGGGGGACCGUGUUGUUAUUGCAGGACAGAAGGUUGGAACCUUAAGAUUUUGUGGAACAACUGAAUUUGCAAGUGGGCAGUGGGCCGGCAUUGAGUUGGACGAACCAGAAGGAAAAAACAAUGGAAGUGUUGGGAAAAUCCAGUACUUUAAAUGUGCCCCCAAAUAUGGUAUUUUUGCACCUCUUUCAAAGAUAAGUAAAGCAAAAGAUCGAAGGAAAAAUACAGUACACACUCCUUCUACAAAAGCUGGACCCAUCAGGUCCCAGAAAAUCGACUUAGCUCAUGUGACAUCAAAAGUAAAUACUGGAUUAAUGACAUCAAAAAAAGACAGUGCUCCUGAAUCCACACUUUCAUUGCCUCCUGGUGAAGAAUUGAAAACUCUAACAGAGAAAGAUGUUAACCUGCCUGGCUCCAUCAGCAGCUCAUCCUCUUCAUCUUCUUUGGAACACAGACAGAGCUACCGCAAGAAACUGAAUGCACGUAGCAAUAGCAAGAAGACGACGAGCAAAAGCCCGUCUGUUUCAUCUAGAGCCAUUGCUGGUUUGAAUUCCUCAGCAACAUCUGUAGCAAAUGAGACCCCUUGUGAAGGAGACCUCCAACUUGGAGAUAGAGUUUUGGUGGUUGGACAGAGAAUUGGCACCAUUAAGUUCUUCGGGACAACCAACUUUGCUCCAGGAUAUUGGUACGGCAUAGAGCUUGAGAAACCCCAUGGCAAGAAUGAUGGUUCAGUUGGAGGUGUGCAGUAUUUUAGUUGCUCUCCAAGAUAUGGAAUAUUUGCUCCCCCAUCCAGGGUACAAAGAGUAACAGAUUCCCUGGACACGCUUUCAGAAAUUUCUUCGAAUAAACAGAAUCACUCUUACCCUGGUUUUAGGAGAAGCUUCAGUACAACUUCUGCUUCUUCUCAAAAAGAGAUUAACAGAAGAAAUGCUUUUGCCAAAUCGAAAGCUGCUCUGCGUCGCAGCUGGAGCAGCACUAGCAGCCCAGGCGGUGCUGAAGGGGCCGUGAGGCUGCACGAGGGGUCCCAGGUCCUCCUCACGAGCUCCAGCGAGAUGGGCACCGUGAGGUAUGUGGGCCCCACUGACUUUGCUGCAGGGAUCUGGCUUGGACUUGAGCUUCGAAGCGCCAAGGGGAAGAACGAUGGAGCAGUGGGAGACACACGCUAUUUCACCUGUAAGCCCAACCACGGAGUCCUCGUUCGACCCAGCAGAGUAACCUAUCGAGGAAUAAAUGGGUCAAAGCUCGUGGAUGAGAAUUGUUGAGUUAGACUUCUGCAGUGUGUGUGUGUGUGUGUGUGUGUGUACAUACAUAUAUGAGGUGUGACAAUUAACUUCGCAAACUUGUUGCAACGAUGUUGCUAACUUUUUUGGUAUCAGA